AUGGAUGAAUCCAGUGUAAGUAACAAAACUGAAGCAGAUUUAUCAGAAGACGAACUAAGUGAACGAUAUAAUUUACUAAAAAAACAAUACGAUGAACUUACUAGUAACUAUGAAGCAAUUAAUCAAGAAGUUCACGAAACAAAAAGAACCUAUCAAACUUCACUUGAAAUGCAAAGUUUUCUGCAAGCAGAUUUGGAAGCAUGCAAGCUUGAGGAACAAAAACAAAGGCAUGAAAUUCUUUCUCAAAUUUCAACAUUGCAAGAGGAAAUAACGAUGUUGCAAAAUCAAGGGUCCGAAAUAUGCGAUCGUAACACGGCUGAAAUUACAAGAUUAAAAAAUGAAAAUCGUCGGUUGAAGGAAGAGAAAGCUAUAGUAUGUAGAACCACUCCGGAGCGUGACACCAAAGAAGUUGAUGAGUUACAACGACAAUUAUCAUCAGUUACACAUGAAGCAGCUUCCGUGAAAGCCGAGAUAGAAGCAGCAAGGCUAGAAAUUGAGUCAUGGCGAAUGAAGUUUGAGGAACUUGUAACUGAAAUAAAUGAAUUGCGUGCUGCUGCAGAUAUGCGCAGAGAAGAAAUAAAGAGUAUAAACGACAAUGAAGCAGUGGCAUUAGCCGAGCUAGCAGAAAUUAAAGCUAUGCUCCAUCAAGUUGAUUCAGGGGAGCAACCACUAGCUAAAGGAAACUCGAUAUUUGCUGAGGUUGAUGAUAAACGACAAGAAAUAGCUAAAAAUAUUCUUCAAAUGAAACAAAGUAAUACAAAGUUGCGCCAAGAGAUAGCAAGCAGACAGUCAGAGAUUGAGACUCUCUUGCAUGAGAAGCAAACAAUCUGGGAGGAGCAAGCUGGAGCCAAUUCUCAUUAUGAUAGAGAAUUAAUAAAUAGCUAUGAAGAUCGCAUCACACAACUAGAAGCAUUGUGUGAGAGACAUCGACGUGAGUUGUGCCAUUGGUUUGCGAAACCUGCUGAUCCAACUACGCCAGGGUGGCUGCCGGAGCUGAUUAAUCAUUGGAAGUCAGAAUGCGAACUACUUCGUGGCGAGUUAAUGGCUCAAACCCCAGCCAGGAUAUCCAGCACAGGUCUCAUCAAAGAGCUUAGAAGAAAAGUAGCUCUUUUAACAUCAACACAGAAGCAGUCGCCCCAAAAUGACAAUGACAAGAGCGAAGUUUCAAUAUACAGAGUGCCGGCUAAAGAAAUUAAGAAGUCGGAUGUCAAAAAGAAAGUGGCGUUUACCUAA